GAGGGGGGAGGCUCGAGCGCGCUGUUGUUGUUGGUGGUGGUGGUGGUGGUGUCGGCGCAUCAGGGCGGCCGGGCGAGGAGCAGCGAGACAGACAGACAGACAGACCCCAGUGUGUGUGUGUGGGAGAGUGAGAGCAGACGGCCCACCCUGUGCCCCAUGCCUGGCCGAGUCCGGGCUGAGCGGCUACGGCCAUGAACCCCAGGAAUGUCGGCUCAUCCCGGGCGAUGCACGUCGAGUUAACCUCGCAGCAGACUUCUGAAGUCCUUCAAUAAGCCAGGGUACAGACCAGAUUCUCUAACCUACAUGAUUGUGGUCAUUGGAUUCUGUCUUUGGAACCGUUGUGCGACAAUGCGGCGGCUUCGACAUCUACGAAGCAUUGCAGCGAGAAAUAUAGUUAACAAGAAUGGUUCCCAUCUUUUGGACACCUACUUUAGUCUACAUCUGUGCGACGAUAUAAAGAUCUUUAAAGCGUUUUACACCAGUGAAGUCAUAAAGGAUUCUUUGAAUCCAACGUGGAGAAGUCUUGACUUUGGCUUGAUGCCAGAUCGCCUUGACACCUCUGUUUCGUGUUUCCUGGUGAGGAUCUUGGGAGGAAAGAAAGGACAGUAUCAUCCAAUUAUCGAGUGGCGGGUGCACCUUGACGGACUCAAAUACUUGGGCCAGCAGAUUCGGGCACAUAAUCCAAACGAUGUUAUAUUUGGGUUGAAUGAUGGCUACUAUGGAACCCCCUUUGAUCAUAAGGAUCUUGCUGAGAAGAAGAGGACCAGCCUUCUGCAAGUGGACCAAAGUUGUGUGAGGAACUCCUACAGUGUCUUCUCUCUGCUCAGGCUUCACACUGCCCAGCGUGCAAUAAAACAGACUCAGGUAACCGUUCAGAAAGUAGGCAAGGAAAUUGAGGAGAAGUUACGAUUAACAGCAUCAACAACAAAAUUGAAAAAGGAACGGGAGCGUUUGCAGUUGAAGAUCUUGGUGCUUCGGAAUGAACUAGAGAGACAGGAGAAGGCACUGGGACGGGAGUUGGAAGUGUUACAGAAGGAGUUGCUUGCAUUCCAGGACAAAGAAAAAGUUUUCGCAAGUAAAAGACAUUGCUUACAAGUGGAGGACACGUGUAUGAAUGAAGAAAGGAAAGGGUGUAUAGCAAAAAGAGAGCUCUUUCUGAAAACCAACGCUCAGCUGAACAUCCGGUGUCGGCAGCUCCUGUCAGAACUAUCUUACAUUUACCCUGUUGAAGUGAAUGAUCAGAAGGAUUAUUUCAUGUGCGGAGUAAAGCUACCAAAUUCAGAAGACUUCCAAGCCAAGGAUGAAGGGAGCAUCGCUGUCGCCCUGGGCUACACGGCACAUCUGGUGCUCAUGGUUUCCUAUUUCCUGCAAGUGCCACUCAGGUAUCCCAUCAUCCAGAAGGGUUCCAGGUCCACCAUCAAGGACAACAUCACGGACAAGCUUUCUGAAAAGGAGAGAGAGUUCCCCCUGUAUCCAAGAGGUGGUGAGAAGUUUCAGUUUGAAUAUGGAGUUUAUCUACUAAACAAAAAUAUCGCACAGCUGAGAUACCAGCAUGGCAUGUCCACGCCAGAUCUCCGACAGACACUACCUAACCUGAAAAGCUUCAUGGAGCAAGGGCUAAUGGUGAGAUGUGACCGGCCUCUAUCCAGUGCCAUUCCUGUACCGCGGAGACAAACCACCGCUACGACUGCUGGUUCAGAGACGCAAGCCCAGUGCGGUGGCAUCCCUUCUCCGGAGAGAGGGUGGAGGCAGUCUCGUUGGAGCUCGGAGGAAGACCUGCCGCCAAGCUACAAUGUCGCGGUGAACCUGGAGGAGCCCCCCAAGGGCAGCCGCAAAGCGCGCACCACCCUGACGCUAGAAGUGCCCGAUGAAGCCUUCAAAGAGGACCUGGCGGAGUGCAACAGCCUCGGCAACGGAGCGCACAGCGGUGAGAACGGGGUGGUGUGCGGCGCGGCCCAGCCGCCAGCAGUCGGGGCUGAGCCCUCCUCUGAGGUAAACGGGGUGACUUUGCCCGCGGGCAGCUCCAGCAGCCCGCAUUUGUGCGACUACGCGCCGCCCGCGGGGGGCGGGGGCGUCUUCUGCUCUGUGGAGCGGGCCGAGGAGAUCAUGGGUCUGGAAGCCACCGGCUUCAGUUCGGACGAGCAGCUGGAAGGAUUCUGCAUUCCCAUCGAGCACGCCGUGGCGGUGGAAAGCGAUGACCAGGUUCUGGGGGAGCUGGACGCCGAGGGCUUCGAGGAAUUCUCCCGCCGGAUCUGCGCACUGAACGAGAACGUCUCGAGUUUCCGGAGGCAUCGCAAAAGCUCUGAAAAAUGAAGCUCUCCGGCCAAGAGCCGUGAACCAAAAACAGGAGACCAAGUUGCACUUCUCUUUUGUGGCGAUUUGAUGGCGGAUGUGAGAUUCUGGGUGUUGCGUUUCUAACAGAGAGACAGAGAGCAAACAAAGAAUCAGUACCUGGAAGACCAAGAGGCGGGGGGGCAGAGCAAAUUCAUCCAGACCCAUGGCUUUUGCGGAGUGACUUCAUGCUACCCAUGGCUGCAUGUUUGAUUCUACCAGCCUUUGUGUGCCAGUAAUCUUGUAAAGCUGCCUAACCUUUUCAAUCAAGCCGGAUCCAGUCAGUAGGUCACCCCUUUCCCAGUGAAGUCAGGGAACGAGAGGGGCAGAAUCGCUGAAGGGAAUGAGAUCUGCCCAACUUUGCCCAACUUGCUCAUCGCCCUGCUCCUCAAUGCUAAAUACAUCAAGAAGCUGUCAAGAAAUGACCACCAGCUGCGUUUGCCAAGCAGAUUAUGUGCAAUGGUACCGAGCAGAAUUGCUUUGAAACUUCUGAGCUCCUUAAACCUUCUCGGGCGGAAACUUUCUACGGCCUUCCGAUGGGGUUCUGCAGAAUAAUAUAUGCUUCUGGUUUUUCUUUUGUCCUUUGCAAAAUGAACUGAGGAAAGGUGAUUGGAAAAUAUCAUUUUUUUUUUUUUUUAAAGCAGCCAUUUGACCGUUUGGUCAAAACCACUUUGAGAACCAUUACUCUGACCAUCAAGGAAAUAUAGUUUCAACUCGCCAAAUAUUGCUUGCCUCCAAUUGCCUAUCUUUUGGCUACACGUCGUGCAGUCUCAGGUAUUGUUGCGCCAUUUUGAUAGUUGUCUGAACCGCUGCCCUUCAAGGGAUGCUUAGAAACUGAAUACAGGGAAAGUCCAUGAAAUGCUCUUCACAGCCCAGAACAUGAAGGCUAUGGACUUGUGCGUGCGUGUGUGUGUGUGUGUGCGUGCGUGUGUGUGUGAUAUUCACUCGUUUGCUGGUUUAAUUACUGUGAGCUUUUUUUUUUCCCCCCAUCUCUGUCGUUUCUGCCCUGCUAAAAGUUGAUGUAAACCUCUUGAGAUAUUUUGUUUAAAGGAGUUUUUUUUUGUUUUGUUUUUUGUUUGUAGGUCGGCAUUUUUUCUCCCAAUACAGUGGGUACUCCCACCCGGUAGAUGGACACAAGACGCUGGGGUAACUCAGCGCGGCAGGCAGCAUAGAAGGAACGGGAGACUCGUCUUGACCCGAAACAUCACCCAUUCCUCCUGUAUAGAGAUGCCACAUGUCCCGCUGAGUUCCCCAGCAUUUUGUGUUGAUCUUCCCACCUGGCCUUGGGUCCAAUACUGCCUCUUUGCUUUCCUCUGCACUCAGGUGAUACCAAGUUCAAUACUGAGUGGGUUUUUUUGCAGAUAGAAGCCAUUUAUUUCUGUAAGUCUCCCUCACAAUUGUUUUCUCAAAAAAAUUGUGAUUAAAAUAUAAUUGACAUUGCCCAGUGAGAUUUGACCUGCAGAAUAUGUCGUACCAGCUGAACUUGAGAUGCACUGGAGUAAAUUUGCUAAUAUAACAAGGACAUUCUUUCCUCAAGAUUAAUGGCUCCUGUUACUUCAAGCAAUAACUUUAAUCAAUCUUUAUUUCCCCUCUCCCUCCCCUCCCCCCCCCCCCCUCCCUAACCUUACUUUAAAACAUAACGAGAACUUAGUUCCCGAGGAUGAAAUUGGCAAAAAAAUGAGUAGAGUAUUUUGUUACUCAUAUGUUUGACUCAGCUUGGAAAUUGAAUUUAAAGUAUUAACUAACUGUGCAAUCUAUGAACUUUCAUCUCGUCCUCAUUUAGGGGGGAGUCUGCCAAUAUUUUUUUCUGCCUGCACUGCCUUCAUCCCAUGUUUUCUGUUCAGCAAAGUACAGUCAAAGUCCUUUGUCCUUUGUUUUAAAAAAAAAAAAAAAAUGAAAA